UCUAUUUCUCCAUGAUCAAAACGUCAUUGUUGCGUCAGUGACGUCAGUCACUCAACCGUCAAAGUUUGUUUUGGAAAUUUGAAAAAUAACGUGUUUACUGAACUGAAAUUGUAAUUCAUGAUACUUUAAUAAAAUAAAGGCUUAAAAAGUUUGGCUGCUGUGGCUCAUUUUUCUACUAACAUGUCUACAAGAUCGGGAAAACGAAUACACAAGUCCUUUCACGAAAACAUACUUAAUGGGGACGGAAAUGCAGAUAAUAAAAUCGAAAGAGCGACCAGGAGCCGUCGUUUGAAGGAAAACUGCGAUGCUUUAAACAUCAGCUUACCUAAAGUUAAAAAGAAUUAUGUGAGCUACCCAUCCGAGGAUGCUGAAGCGACGGCUGCGGCGCCCGCGGCCGAUGCGGACCACGGCGCCUCGCGGACAGCAAGGAAGAACGCGCUAAAAGAGCAAGAUGCCAAUGUAACAACAAAUACCUCUGACAGUGAAUCUAAGAAGAAUACAGUUGUGAGGAAAACUCGUCGCACCCGGCGGUUCAACGACCCCGCUGAGGACGCCCACUCGGACUCCACUGUCCCUGACGCCGGCGUCAUCGAAGUGCCCACGAAAAAAACCAAGAAAGGUAAGAAGAAUAAGCAAAAAGUGAACAUUGAGGAAGUUGUCGACAAAGAAAAAGAAAAUGAGGUGGAACCGGCGCAGGCGCAGCCAAAACAAAAGAAGAGUAAGAAGAAGAAGAAGGGAGCAAGGAACUCCACCUCCAUGACUAUUGAAGAAGUUGUCCCACAGGAACCCAGCGGGAAACUGAAAUCCCUCAACAACACAAAUACUUCCAUUGAGUCAUUCCACAGUGCUGCUGGCAGCCCCAUCAAUGGUGUGACUGACAAUCAGUCUACAAAACUUAAUGGCACAUUUGAAAAAACUACAACAGAAAAUAAAGUUUCCAAAAAUCUGGAUUCAACAUUUGAAAAAGCCUCUGAAACUCUGUUGACUAGUAUUCAAGGUAAAAAAAUUAAAUCCACAGAGAAAUCAUCUAAGAGGAAAAGAAAUUCCAGUGCUGUGAGGGCUUCUGAAGCUGAAGUAGAACAAGACAAGCUGUCUGUAAGCGAUGACCAGCCAGGACCGGAACUCAACUCCUCCAAGAGGAAGAGAAAGUCAAGUGUUGUAAACAACAAAAAUGCUACUUUUGAUAAAAGCUCAGAGGCUGACAUUGCUGGCGAUGUCCCGGUGCUGCUGAACACCACCUUUGAUAAAGACUUAGCAGCAACACAUGAACCAGUUGUAAACACAACAUUUGAUAAAGAUGAACCAACAACGGAAGCUGUGGCUAAUACAACAUUUGAGAAGGAAGGCAAGAGUCAACGCAAAUCUCUCCGCAUUUCUAAUGUUUCUGAGAAGCUCUCUACAAGUGUCACGGUCCAGAACAGCACAUUUGAUAAAUCAGACACUACAAAGAAAACAGAAAAAUCAAUUGACACAACAUUUGACAAAUCAUCAGACAACAAAACCUUGGACACCAAACUGAACUCUACUUUUGACAAAACUGAAACUACUAACAAACUGUCUUCUGUCUCCAAAUCCUCCAUCAUCAGCUCAGACAACUCACAUGAAAUUGUUAACUCCACAUUUGACAAAACAAAUGAAAACAUAUCCCGAAUCAGCAUCACAGACGAUGACUCCACCACAGAGAACAUCCUGAAUGCCACCCCGGUGCUUAUUGAGAGCUCCAUGGAGACUUCAGACUUGUCUGAAGACACCCCACAGCCAUCUAAACCAGUGUCCCCACCAGCUCUGCAGCGAGAAGGAACAUUUACCAAAGACGGACCUGACCCAAUCAUCAUUGACACGAAAAGUCCUAGGGCAUCCACUGGACCUGUGAGAACUCCCAUAAAAAGAAAGAUGUCUCUGCCGUCUCCUGGUUGCACGCCAUUCCACUCCAACACUAAAGCAUCCAGUAAAGAGAAGAGUGUGUUGCUGAACGUGACGCGGUCCAUAGAGAAGGCGCGUCGGUCGUCGCUGGCGGACCCGACGUCGCUGGCGGGCCCGGCGCGCGCGCGCGUGGCGUUCUGCAGCCCCGUGGACCACCCCGCGCUCGACACGCACCGCAAGAGCAAGGUCAUCAAGUCCAGCAUGAAGGGAUCUAAUAAGAGCUUCUUGUUUGAAGAUGGCCCGGCGCCGCGCCCGGCCGGCCGCAAGCGCUCGUUCACGCACGGCGACGCGGACGAGCGCUGCGUGAAGCGCACCCGCCUCGAGCAGUCCGUGGAGCGCCUGUCCCGCCCGCGCGCUGCCCCGCCAGGUAUGUCACGUCACUAUUUCUCUACAGCAGCGACGGCCGCCCCGCAGACAACACCCUCGAAGGCGCGCCCGCCCACGCCCAAGGCCAAGUCUGAGACCAAGGCGCGCAAGCUGCCCAACUUCGCCGCCCUGCACCAGCGCCAGUUCCACAAGAUGGAGUCGCUGGACGAGUGCCAGGAGCGGAAGCGGAAACGCGCGCGGCAGCUGCUCGUGCCCACGGGCAAGCUGACCGUGCUGGACCGGAGCCCCAGAGUGGCCGCCGCAGACCCGACGAGCGCGCUCAAAGACAAACCCGCAGACACCAAGAAAACACAGACCCCCACCAAAACCAAACCGGAGCCCGCCAAGUCUUACACGAGGUUCGGAUUCAAACUGAACCUGGACGUCAACCCCUUCAGCAUCCCCAGCAAAAACCCUCCCAAGGAAACCGCGCCUAAUGGUGUGAAAAACCCGGCUAAAGAUAACCCACCUAAUGGUAUCAAGAACCAGCCUAAGGAUAAUCCUUCUAACGGCAUCAAGCGGCCAGCGACCCUGCCCAGUCUCACAGGAGCGGUGGUGCGGAAGGAGGCGGCCAAGCAGGUGAUCAUGCGGGAGAAGUCUGUGACGACGCUGCGGGAGCGCCGCGGCGCCGCGAGGUGCGACACGCGGACCGUCAUCAAGGGGGUGCGGACCAACCGCCGCUUCGAGCUGCAGAUGCAGUCACGGAAUAUACAUGGUUGAAGUGUGUUGGUGGUCAACGAUAAAAGGAAGGACUCAGGGGUGUCUAAUAACAAAGUGAAGCUACUUAGGUAAGCCUAUUGCCUUGUUUGUAGAGGGUUUGUGGUAUACACACACAGCUACCGCUACACGGGUUAUCGACGUCGAUAAAUGAUACAAUAUCGCUAGUCGCCAUAAAUACGGCACUAUGAUUGGUGGAACGUUAAUUAAACGAGUUUAUCUACGUCGAUAUGGAACUUGUGUAGCGGCCACAGGUAGGCUGGUCGGUCGCGAGUCUAUGCUUUCUAGAAGAUAGACGACAUGAACCACAUUAAAAGAAUAAAAAAUUGGCUUCACUUGAUGUUAGACAGCGCGGAGUCGUUUUGUUUUGUAAGUCAUUGAUAGAGGUCUACUGUAGCUGACCCCUCCACCGGUGUAGUUCGUUGAGCGACCACGGGGCGGCGCUGUUACGGAGGUGUUGUUUUAAAUUAUGGUUAUGAAAUGUUUUUGUUGCUAAUAGAUGUAGAAAUUAUCAAGAUGGUGAAAAUGUGCAUUUAUCCGUAGAUGUAGUGUGAUACGUCUAUAUCACUAACAAUUUAAUUAUGAAUGUACCUACAUGGCAUAUUUAAAGUACCUAAGUGGGGAACAGUUUUGGUUAAUGAGUUUUUAAUUAUACUAAUACAACGACAGAUUUUAUUAUACUUAAGACUAAUUGAUGUCAGUUACAAUAGCGGCACAGAACCG